UGGCAACACCAUCCCUCAUCUGUCAUGCGGCAAAACACAAAAUAGCAGCGAAGAAGAAUCAAAGAAAACAGCGUCCACAAUAAACGUUUAUAAUUUAUUAAUAAAUAUUUGACGAAAUUAAACAAUUGUGUUCCAAUCAAAGGCUGAUUAGUUAAUAAAAGCAAAAAUGGCUCUUGUUAAACCCAAAUCUGAAUUGACACCCGAGGAAUUGGCUCGCCAAGAAGAGGAAGAAUUCAAUACAGGACCAUUGUCGGUGUUGACACAAUCGGUGAAGAACAACACUCAAGUAUUGAUCAAUUGCCGUAACAACAAGAAGCUUUUGGGUCGUGUAAAAGCCUUCGACCGUCACUGCAAUAUGGUCUUGGAGAAUGUCAAAGAAAUGUGGACCGAAAUACCACGUACAGGCAAGGGCAAGAAAAAAGUAAAACCUGUCAAUAAGGAUGGCUUAACUCUAGUUUAGUAAAAACUCUUCAAUUUUUUCGAAAAUUUUUUCAGUGGUAGGUAUUUUAACCAUGAUCCCGGGAAACUAUUUUUUCUUGGGGGACGGACCUGGGACCCCAGAUUUUUGACCCGAAAGUCCGGGUCCAAGACCCCGACGAUCGUUGGAAAGCUUAUGAAAAUACCUGUCAAACAAGUGGUCACAUGAUGGGGUAAGGUGUUACGGUUCGGAAGUUAUAGUCAAAUUAUCGAUUUUUUGGACCCGGAUUUUUUAUAAAACCCCCAAAAAGUCAAAAAAAGGUCCAUUAUGGGGGACAACAAAAUUGAUGCCAAAUUAUAGCUGACACUUCUACCUUUCCAAAAAGGUUCAAUUUGUGCUAAUACCUUUACUGAGUCCAGAUCCAUCCGCAUAACAAUAAAAAAAAGGUAUAUUUUGCGUAAGAAUGAAAUUCAAAAAUCUUUGGUUCGUGUUAGCCGGUGUAGGACAUACCCAGAGGAGAAAAUCUCAAGCCCCGGCUGAAGGCCGGCUACUUACAAAAGGUAUCCAAUUUAGAAAACUUUGGUUCGCGUUAGCCCGUGUGGGACAUACCCAGAGGAGAAAAUCUCAAGCCCCGACCGAAGGCCGGCUAUAUACAAAAAGUGUCAAACUUAGAAAACUUUGGUUCGCGUUAGCCGGUUUAGGACAUACCCAGAGGAGAAAAUCUCAAGCCCCGGCCGAAGGCCGGCUACUUACAAAAGGUAUCCAAUUUAGAAAACUUUGGUUCGCGUUAUCCGGUGUAGGACAUACCAAGAGGAGAAAAUCUCAAGCCCCGGCCGAAGGCCGGCUAUUUACAAAAGGUAUCCAAUUUAGAAAACUUUGGUUCGCGUUAGCCCGUGUGGGACAUACCCAGAGGAGAAAAUCUCAAGCCCCGGCCGAAGGCCGCCUAUAUACAAAAAGUGUCAAACUUAGAAAACUUUGGUUCGCGUUAUCCGGUGUAGGACAUACCAAGAGGAGAAAAACUCAAGCCCCGGCCGAAGGCCGGCUAUUUACAAAAAGUGCCAAAUUUAGAAAACUUUUGUUAUUCCGACGACUGCUACGCGAAAUAAACACUUUUUUAUUAAAAACAUCAUUUUAAUGAACUGGUUAGAAUCGGGUUAUGCGGAUGGAAAGACCCAUAUCUCUGGAACCGAAAAAGCUAUUAGCACAAAUUGUAGCCUUUUGGAAAGGUAAGAAUGUCAGCUAUAAUUUGGAAACAAUUUUGUUGACCCCCAUAAUGGGCCCUUUUUUGACUUUUUGGGGGUUUCAUAAAAAAUUCGGGUCCAAAAAAUCGAUAAUUUGACUAUAACUUCCGAACCGUAACAUCUUACCCCAUCGGAUAGGUAUUUUCAUAAGCUUUCCAACGAUACCCAUAUUGUCUAUAUCGGGUAAGUGGAUCCGGGUCCAGGCGGGGUCUUGAUCCCGGACUUUCGGGUCAAAAAUCUGGGGUCCCGGGUCCGUCCCCCAAGCAAAAAAUAGUUUCCCGGGAUCAGGGUAAAAAUACCUACCUCUGGAAAAAUUUUCGAAAAAAUCUAAGAGUUUUUACUAAACUAGAGUUGUUCCAUAAGGAUCGUUUCAUAUCGAAGAUGUUCCUCAGAGGGGAUUCGGUAAUUUUAGUACUAAGAAAUCCCUUGGCAACGGCUGGGGGAAAAUAAGAUGCGAUUCGAUAUCAUGUGAAGCAACAACUUACAUUUUAAGCAACAUCAAUAUGGAAUAAGUAACUAAACUCAAGGAAAACGAAAAUUUUUUGUUUAAUGCAAAAAAACUGAAAUAAUAUAAUAAAAUUUUUCUUUAAAUAUAUAGUAUACAA